AUGACUGCCCGUCUAGUGUUGGUUAUUGGGGAUUUGUUCAUCCCCGACCGAGCCCCCGAUCUCCCACCCAAAUUCCGCAAACUCCUUACUCCCGGCAAGAUUGGCCAGAUCUUAUGUUUAGGCAACCUCACUGACCGCGAGACCUAUGAAUUCCUACGUGGAGUAGCGCCAGACCUGCAGAUGGUCAAGGGUGAUUACGAUGUUGACUCUCCAAACCUCCCGCUCUCCAAGAUUGUGAACCAUGGCAGUUUGCGCAUCGGAUUCACGCAUGGCCAUACCGUGAUCCCUCCCGGCGACGCUGAUGCCCUGCUGAUCGCAGCCCGGCAGAUGGAUGUGGACGUAUUGCUCUGGGGCGGCACUCAUCGCUUUGAGGCGUUUGAGAUGGAAGGCCGCUUCUUCAUCAACCCUGGCAGUGCCACUGGUGCAAUGACUUCAGGAUAUGCGCCCGAGGGAGAAGAACCUACACCCAGCUUCUGCCUGAUGGACAUUCAAGGUGAUGUCCUUGUGCUCUAUGUUUAUCAGCUCAAGACCGAUGCCAAUGGGGUUGAAAAUGUCUCAGUAGAGAAGGUCUCUUUCCGCAAGAACCAUGCCCCUGUCUCAUAA